AUGGCAAAUGACGAAGAUGUGAGAAAAGAAGUAUGGAAUGGCAAGAUACCCGUCCUAUUUCGGUUAUGUCCCAGUGAUGUAUUCCUAACUGAGCAACCAGAGCCUCUGUACAUGGCUGUCAUGAGACAAUCCUAUUUUCCCUUAGUCUUUUCAGAAAAAAUUCACAAAUAUUACAAAAGAUACAUAGACCCAGAUCUGACUGAGGCCAACAUUUGGCUGGAAGACAACAAUGGCAUGCCAGUUCAAUGGCAUUGGCCAAUUGGAGUUCUAUUUGAUCUCAAUUCACUCACAAAGGUUGAUCUGCCAUGGGUGAUAACUGUACAUUACAAAGACUUUCCACAGAAUAAUAUCAUAAGGUUCACAAGUAGAGAUGCAGUCGAGUCUUUGUACAUGUCAAACUUGAAGGAAGCUGACUUCUUAAAGCACAGAGGUCAGCUGAUCAAUGUGAUGCAGAGGCAUGAAAUCAAAAUGCUGUUUCAGGGUCUGAAUGAGGGAAACUAUGAGAAAUUUUGGUCGGUGAAUGAGAAGUUUAUGGAAUGUAGCGAAACUAACAAGUUCAGGUAUAUCCCUAUCCGACUGCACAUCAAACACGACAUCAUCAAGCAGUAUGCAAUCAGCAACAUGAACAACGAAAACACAGCCAAUCCCCUCAUCUCUAUAAACCAAUCAGACGAGAGAUUGGUGAAUAUUAAUUACCUAACUCAGGGCAUAAAGCCCCCUUUAGACACGCCCCUUCUCUGGCUCAGUAGGCGCCUCAGCUAUCCCGACAACUUUUUACACAUCUGUUUACUUGAUUUGCCAUCAUAA